CGUCGAUACUCGGGCCUAACUGAAACCACCUUCGAACUCGGCCGUACCCUCGAGACGCCCCGCUACUUGCUCGGUCCGCGCCCGGCUACGCUAAGAUCGACGACGCGCGACUCGCGACGUCUCGUUGAUGUAUCGGAACAAAGUCAAUGUCGUUACGACGAGACCCGCCACGCUCACGACACGGAACGUUAUAGAGCGGAAUGCGAGCGACUUAUGGGACGAAGGUCGCAGGGCAGUUGGGGCAGCAGGGGUCACGGCGGGGUCACGGGCCGAGCACAACGAAUGGCGGAGAAUGGCGAGGCGCUCAAAUAUAUCGAGUUGGUGCUUCGGCAGUUGCAAAGGGCCAGCAGAGAUCAUCAAGAACUCGUGCGGCAACGUCACGCGGACGUCCAAUACGAGAUCGGUAAGCGAAUCAACGAGAGAGUCUGGCAUCAUCGUUAUCAUCAUCAUUAUCGAGAUGGACGCGAGAAUUCGACGGACGGGUCUAGAACUUGGUCCAGGUCCUCGAGCAGCCCGUGGCAAUCGGACUUGACUUUGAGGAAAACGCAACCGGACGUUACAACAAGAUUGCUGACGAAGAGAAGGGAUUACGGAGGAACGGCGCAGACCACAGUCGACAUUCUAAGGCCGGUCCCAGGACGCGCUCGGGAUGGAAUAGCUGCCUCUUAUCAAGAGAUGAAAUACAUUCCCGAAAGUGUUGGCUGGAAGGGCGCGCGGGAUACGUUCGGUGCGUGGAGUCUUGGAGGUUCGUCGAGCAACGAUCGAAGGACAUCCUCCACCGUCGUUUAACGCGAGGAAGAUCGGCUUUGCGCCGACCAAGUUUGUCGAUUUCGGCAAGAGGGUUGCGAAGGAACGUGGGACACUUGAAAGACUCGAGAUGACGCGGAGACUCUCUCGCGAAGGAAGGAAGGUAUCGACGAGGAAACCUUCGUCGACGAGCGACUCGUUCACGUUUAAUGAUACGCUUGCGCUAAGAUUGCAUCAAUCGAAAUCAAAUCUAUCUCGCUGCGCGAUGAUGAACGCACGCUGAAGAGAUGGCUGCGAAAGGGACGCCGAUAUCGAAGGGAACGGACGUACUCUCCUUUUGGGUCAAUAAGAUUAGAUUUAGGACGACGAAGAGCGCCGUGAGUAGUGCUCGGAGGAUAUUCGUGAGUACGAGGGGGGGAGGGACGAUGUUGGUUGGGUUCGUGGAUCGAAGGUACUCUCUUCGGUCGGUGGCGAAAACAGACCACUCGGUAUCGACAAUCUUCUAUUGACGUACUUUAGAUCUUCUAUAUAAUAAGCGUUUAAUAAGACUCGCUCGAGCGGAAAGCGACGGGAGACGGAAGGUCCGAACGAAUCACGUCGCGAAUUGUUGCUGUCGCGGUGGUAGCCGAAUAUCGGGAGAUAUGUCGACGUGAUCGACGGCGCGGUCAUUUUCCGAAACCUCGAGGACCCUCUUCGAGGCUAGAAGCUUUAUCGUGGAAGCCGCUUUCCCGGUAAUUCGUGAGCCGAAGCUGGGUUUACGUUUGACAUUUACAACGCGACGAUUCUAUCUGACACUGCCCUUAUUAGCGAGGAUGCAACAACGGGAGUAGUUAUUACCUCUUCGUAGCAUUUCACCCUAUUCUUUCUCGAUGAUCUCUCAGUUAUUAUUUCUGACAAUGUAUUUCUCAAACUUUUAAGUACACUUCACAUAUAAUUUCUCAAUUGUUAAGUACACUUGAUGAAGUUUAAGUAUAAAAAAAAUAUGAUAAAGAAGUAACUUCGGAGAUUUUCCUUCGCAGCUACAAAAUUAAAAAAUUGACUUUCAUGCCUCUACUAAUAGGUUUUUUUCUUUUUUCAAUAAAACAUUCGGAAUGUUUCGGGAUGUUCACAUUACACGUGGUAACACCAUCGAAUAUGUACUCGACGAAUGUCAGGCGCAAACCCAUGCACCGUAACGAGAACAGUCUCGGCUGCCACUCCGAUGUUCACUGUGUCGCGCUGCCUUUUUGUAUUUGUAGGGAAAAAAAAAUAAUGAGAGAUUUUAGCUUAUAAGGGAUGUGCUCGUGCAACAUUCGCAGACUUAAGGGCGCACGUUAAGGAUUAACGACGACGCCGCGGCGGCCACGUGGCUUAUACGUUAGCGACGAUAGAUCGCGACAAGUUUCGUGGCUUCGCGUUUCCUCCGGCCUCAAGUUCCACGUGCGACGGACAGGUAAUUAGUAAGCGCGGGUUCGCGCUAAAGGAAAUCGGCACCGCGUGUUUUGCGGCUGUUCGCAUUUGUAAGAUAGAUAGCGAAAAUCAUUAGGUAUACAUACAUAAAUAUAUUAUACACCUGUUGUCAAUAUGAGCAUAGGGCCUAUAUAUAGUUUGAUGGCACUACGUGAAAGCGAAUUCUAUUUGAAAUAAGCUCGUUCGCGCGGGAUGGGACGGCUUCGUGUAAAUAACUAUUGAUAAAUGAUUAUUAUGUACGUGUAAAAGAAAAACGUAAAAACGGGAAAUACGAAACGGCGCGAUGUCCUUCGGCGUCGUAGUUUCGUCAUGCAUUUUUCCAAAAAAGAAGAAUGACGAGAGCGCGCGACUAGAUUCGCGCUCAAUUUUACUCUCUCGUAACGCAUUAUGUUGUCAUCCUUUCCAUUGCAUAUGUUGCUUUCACUGCGACAUGCCGUGGCUCGUUACCGAGGAUCGGUUGACAUAGAUUCAAGAAAAAGAUUUUGAUAAGUUCAUUUCUUCGUUUCGACGCCAUGAAUUGCAAUUUUAUUAAUUCUUUUAUCCGUAUCAUUGGUAUCCUCAAAAUAAGUGAUAUGUGACUUACGAUUUAAGAAACCAGCUAUUAUCAGCGAGAUUAAAAAAAUCAAGUGAAUUUAAUUUUCAGAUUUAGGUCUUCCAUGAGAUGUCUCUAAGUUUAAAGUUCUAAAAAAUAAUCGCUCUGAAAAAUCUACGAAAAACGCGACUUAUCAAAUUAUGUCCCACCCCCAUUAUGUCUUACAUUCGCCAUUCCUCGGGAACGAUCGACGGCGCGAGCGAUCCUCGAUUUAUUAUAGUGCGACCGAGAAAAACGUGUCCUGAAAAAUAUGUCGUGAUGUACAGAGCGGGCAUAGGGGAUACCAUUCAUAAUGAUAACGAAACAGGGUAGCCUAUCAAUUAUUAAGACAAUUUCAAAAAUCGAAGGCUGCACAUUACAGACUGGGCCGUAUCCUGCGGCAACAGGAUAACGAUUAAUCCGCGCGAGAGUAACCCUCGGCGAUUCGUACUACCGUACGAGGGGGAGAGAGGGCGAAAUUAUUAUUAAACGAUACCGAUCGUCGCACGUUGAGGAGCUAAAAUUCCGACUGCGAAUGCGCAUACACAUUCGCGCGUCAAGGAGAUAUCUUUAUAUCGUAACGUCUGUAACAUAACACUUCUGUACAUAUCUGGAAUUAUUGCUCACCGUAUCUCGUAAGAUUUAGUUAGUUUUGUAACUGUGAACCACUAUGUGCAUACAUACUUCACUUUAUGAGAGGCGCCUCGUGACGAAUGUUUCGCGAUAAAGAGACAGAGUCUCGAGUCAUACGAAAGGACAUCAGCCGCGUCUCUCUUUCUCUCUUACGAAAGUAUUUCGUAAAUCUGACGAAAAGUUAUACGGCUUAUAUCCUAAUAAUGACCGUGACUUUUUUCUCUCGAAGCGAAAACGCGUCGUCGAAGUCACGACGUAGGCAAAGGCUUUAACGAUGGCUUUAAUUUAAUAUUAACGCACCGAAUGUACUAACAUCCUUCUUAACUGUCGUCCACGUGGAGGAAAGCAGAGCUAACCCGUGUUAGACCUUUAAGCUAUAUUAUUAAUUGAAAUUAUCCCCUUUCCUGUUACAACGUCGUUCUUUUUUCUCUUGCGUGCCGGCAACACAAACUUUCGGCUUACUGAGAACAAGUGGGAAAGAAGUGCGAUACUUUAAUUAAAGACUCCGUCGCUUACGAUAACGUGGAAACUUUUUAAUUUCGCGUGAAUGACAGUUAAUUGCAGUUUCGUCGACGCGUUGUCAAAUCAUCGAUGCAGGCCGUUGACAGGGAUUACGCGAAUCAUCCAUCCGGGGUUUCGCUUCUCGUGCAUCAUUCGAUCAUUCUGUACAAUGUUCACGCCGAUGUUAUUGUUAACUAUUUAAGAUCUCGGAAUCUUCAGUUCAGGGCGCGCACAUGACGGCACCAUGUGUGCGCGCGCGCGCGGAAUGGUGAAUAAUGCAUAUAUAAAUAUCGUGCUUGUGCAAGAGUGGUACUCUCCGAAUGCCGAAUGUACGGACGACGGGUGGCGGGGAGGAGAUGAUCGCCGGAGAGGCUCAUCGCGAGUACAUUCGGCACGAGAAGUUAAACAUACAGAAGUUACAUACGAUUUCUAUUAUAACAAAGAUGAAAAAAAAAAAGAGAAAAAACGUAGAUUAAAGAGGUAUACACGCGAGAAGUAACUACAAUCAAUGUACUGGAUGGUCCGUGUGGCGAUGUUAAAAUUAGAAAAAGUUUAUGUCGUUUGAAUCUUAGGAGUUUACGCCUUUUCUGCCGUAGGACCAUCCUAUACGUAUUAAUUGGUUAUCUGUCAAUUAUUAAUUGAAUUAUAUCAAUUUCUUCGCCUUUAGUCAAGGAACGCGGGGAAUGGGUGUAGCGUGGAUGGCGCGAUCGCGUUGUUGUAAAGUCAAAUUUCCUAGGCAAUGUAAGAGAACAUGGUCCCUUUAGCGAAACGCGACCCCGUUCGCAUAACGAAAGACGAUAAUUGCCUAAGGGAGUGGACGAGAAUUUUUCAAAUUUGUUGAUACUUUUCAUACUUUACGACUAGGGAUUAUGGCCUAUUACUACUAUUACGCAAAGUUUAUCCGCCGGCUCGGCCGUUUUCAUUCGUCCUCAGCCGCGUUCCGUGCGAUCGUAGAGCACGUUUCAAAUCACGUCGAAAUGCAAAACUGUAAAUAAUUUCAUCGAAAUAAUACCUUAGAACGGCAUACGUCGUGUAUCCUUUGAUCUCACACUUUAAUAUAACUUCGCUUACCUACAUUUAUAUUAAUAAUUUUAUUUUUCUAUAUUUGACGCUUAUUUAUUGUCGAUUAACGGGUUUCAAAUUAUUAUUUUAGUAAUCUAUUUAAAACUAGCGAUCUCACACUUUAAUAUAACUUCACUUACCUACAUUUGUAUUAAUAAUUUUAUUUUUCUAUAUUUGGCGCGUAUCCAUUGUCGAUUAACGAGUUUCAAUUUAUUACUUCAGUAAUCUAUUUAAAACUAGCGUUUUUUUAACACUGAGAUCUCAUAAUUUUAUGAUUUACAUACAAAAUUCCAGUCUCUCGACUGCUGCAUAAAAUGUAUAUAACGGUAUAUAAAUUUCAUAGCUCUUUUAGUAGGCUUCAAAGUUAUGCGCUACGACUGCAUGAAUAUGCUAGACGCUGAGAGGAUCAAAUUAAUUAAAAUGCAAAUGAAAUCAGUAAAUGCCGCGAUGUUGAAGAGUUAAAAAGAACCGAACCGAACGGGCAUAAAAAAAUAUGGCGAGUAUGCCUUUCUAGGGUAAUGUGCCCGACUUUGCUCCCCCGUCUUAUAAAUCGCGAGUAUUAAAAAGGGUCGAGUCGGCUAAGAGAUUCGUGAAUGAAAAAGUGACUUUUUAGGAGAAUGAAAGCGCUCUCUUCGCGUGCUACUACGAGCUGCGUAACGUGGCAAUGGAUUACGUGAAUAUAAUCUAUUUCGAAUUCGACUGAACGACACACAUAGGAGAUAAUAUAUACCCUCAUAUUUUUCUCGAUGUUAAGCUUUUUCUCAGAAACGUAUAUGGAACGUAUACGUGAGUCUACGCGAAUCAAUCGGAAAAAAACGGGACGUCGUCGUCGUCGUGCGCGUCAAUCGACAUUGACGUGCAUCACCGGCGACGGAUGCAGCUGAUCGUUUUCAAAGUGUGAACUGUGAACCGUGAAACCCGAUUCAGAAUGAUCACUUUCGCUCAAUUACCGGGAGGAACGCGUUUAUUUCAGCGACAACGGAGAUCCUUUUGCCGAAAAUAAAAAGAAAAUAUUAAAAUUUCUUCCGCGGUCUUCUCGCGACCGCCACUGUUACGGUUAGAGGGAGGGAAAGCGGGAAAUUAAAAGAGUAGCCAUCUGCGAAAAGUCUAUGUUACGUAUCUUCCGUGUGUGUAUGUGCAAUGUAUUGUGUGCAUGUGUGCGUAUGUGCGUGCGUGUACCGUGAUCAUUUUUCAAAGGAAAUCAGAUCUGUCAAAUUGAUUACGCAUUCGACGCAAUUGAUUGCAUUUUAAUAUCGUUAGGAACGACACUCUCGCGUACUCGGGAACAAGUAACUGACGUCAAUCUGUCAUUUUGUUUACUUCGCGAUACGUCGCGCAGAUGUAGGGCAAUAAUAAGGAACGUUAUUCCGAAAUCGGUCAGAAAAAGCGCUAAUAGCAGAGAAGAAAAUUUCUAGGCGCGAGAAAGAUAGGCCGCAAUUGUUUGCUAUUAAGUAACUUUCUUAUAAGAAUUAUCGUAAAUCAAAUGUGAAGACUCUUCAGAUUUCCAUUUUCCAACUUUGAUAUAUCAGUACUUAGUUCUCUAAAUAAAAACUUAAUUUCUUUUACUAUCCGUGAUCUUCUUACACGGAAAUAUUUCAAUAAGGUUUCUCUACGGAAACGAUACGUUAAUGAAAUAAAUUAAUUUAUCGAUAUCCGCGAAAAUCAUAUCGGAGAAACUAAAUGAAAAUUAACAAGCGUAUUCCCAGCGUGCAACGCAAAGAUGCACAAAUCAAUUAGAUCGAUAAAUUGCCAUGUAAAGGGUACAAAAGAAUUCUUGUACCGUGAUUUGACGGCGACUAAAGCACCUCGUAUCUCAUAAUUUACACAUCGCGAAACAUAUCCACUACGUAUUUAAACGCUGAUGAUAUUAGCGACAUUUACUGUAGCGUGAUUACUAUAUGAUAUUGCCGAGUUGAUGGCAAUCAACGUGAUUUACAAAAUAGAAUUUCCCCGUGAAUGCAGAAACAUAAUCGUAUAUAAGGUGACACGUUGUUUUACUCGACGGUACAAGAACUUUUGUUAGAAGUAUUAUAUCUGGUGACGAAUAAACUUCGAGAAACGAUCCUUUUUUCGGAUCAAGCUCGCCGACCAUUUCUGAACUGAUAACUUUUAUCGAUUAAUUAAUUCUUAUUACAGCGGCUUGACAAUUAGCACUCUCUAAAUCUUGAAACAUAUAUCAAUAGAAAAUUAUCAUUGUGAUAGUGACUAGUUCAAAAGCGAUGUAAAACACCAACAAAAUAAGUAUAAAGAUUGUCUUGCUUUCUUGUUUUGUCACAGACAUAAAUUCGUAGGAUUCAUUUAAUUUUGUUCUUAGACAAUCGACUCUAUUCGACCAAGUUUCUUCGUCAGCAUAACGAAAUCGCACAAACUAAAUAUAGAAAAUAUGAAAUCACAUAUUAAUCCACUACAGACUGAAUCGGAAAAGAAUGCGUUUACAUCGCAGUAUCAAGCACUUUCUUAUCAGCGCGUAUAAAUGUACUUCCUAUCGAAGAAAGAGCCAAAGUUGAAAUUCAGAUUUUUCCCAAUGCCGAAUCUACAAUAAACUCGCGAGUUUGACGCAUUUAGUGCGAGAAUAAAUUUCAUUUUGAAAUGACGUGCGUUCAAUUAAAGGUACGUCAGACACAAGACACAACACGCCCGAACGCAUGUAACAUAUCAUGUCCAUUUACUCGUUCGUAUCGCGGAGCCUCGAUUGCAAUUACCGCUAUCGAUUAAAUUAAGAUUGAAUUCCGAAUUCCUCGCAUGUACCUGUAGCAUUAAAAAAAAAAGAAGAAGAACAAAGGGCGUGAGUGGACGCCGACAGAGAUUAUAUACACGCAAUGUUCGCACAAGAUCUUCCGUUAAAAAAGAUAUGAACGAACGAGAGAAAGAGAGAAAAGGGAAUGAAUGAGAACACGUUAGCGUGAAAGAGAAGAAAGAAUGAAACAUUUUUUGCAAUAGCGUGCUUUCAAUAUACGUUGAACGCGAGGACUAAAAAUCGGUAUACAUCUUCGGCGGUUUCAAUUUCCGCGAGACGGUGCAUCGAGAAACGUAAACCGAGUGAAAUUAUACCGAUUUCAAGCCCCUGAUUAAACGCUAAUCUCGACGGAUUGCAUGUACAGUAAAUAACGACGUAAGUGUAAGAGAAAAAUUGCCAUGGCAAUUCGUAACUGUCUCGCGCCGAACGUGGCGGGAGGACUUGAAGCGCUUACCGUAUUAUCCAACGGCACGGUAUUGCAAAAACUCUCUAAUGCGAGUGAGUGAGUAAGUCUGAGAACUUUACAACGCAAAGUGGUCAAUCUAUUUCGAUAUGACAGUGUGCCAAUAAUUCUUCAUCCCAUUGUAGCUAAACGUACAUCACGUUUUUUCAUUCGUUUCACCGUAACGAGGUCUCGGGAAUCCGAUCGCGGCCGCGUAAUCGCAUUUUUAUUCGUCACACGCAUGAUAUUAGUAUAUUACCGUAAGAGUGUAAGUACAAAAAUAUUACGACCUAUUUACUUUCGAAUUUUCACGUUUCUUGCACGGUAGAGCCGAUUAUAGAUAUCACCCGUAUCCCAUCAUUCCCCUUAGCUUAUCCGGAUACAUCUUUUUUUUUCACACCGCGGCGAAAUCUCUAUCUUAUUUGUCUUAUGCACGAGUGAGGACAAAGCACGAUUUGCAACGAUGUAAAUUCGUAUAAAGCUGUAUCAGAAGUCCCCUUAAACAGAGAUUUCUGACGAUUUUAAGCUUCAAGCGUGAGAAUAGGUAGCAAAUUCUAAAAAAGAAAUCUUCCACCUAAUUUUAAACGAACUCUAACAAAAAUUAAAAGCCGAAUAGCAAUUAUACGUGUUUAAAACGCAUAUUUGUGAUAGAGAAUGAUGUGCAAUUCAACCUUUUUCUGUGUAAAAAGAAAAUUAAUUUCAACGUCGCGAUAAAGGAAUUAUCAUCGGGAGGAUGUGCGCAAUUUCUGAUACACCCUCGUACAUUUACGCGGAGCGUAUUUCUUUUCAAUCGUGUAAAAAGCCAAAGAGAUUUUAUUUUACGUUACAUUACAUGUGUAUUAUUUGAAUUACGUCAUGUACGUGGUCGCAUGAUUUGUGUGCACGUUCAACGAGUGCUUUAAUUACUUUAUUAUUAAUUAUUUUUUUACACACGCAUAUUAUACUUCCGCAUGAGACUGGUGUAACUCGACGUAUUAACGUAUUAACGUUUUUAUGAAAUUUUUAAUUAAUUUUGCAGUCCCUUUAAAGUUUCCUUUUUAAAGCAAAAUUCUUUUGCUUUAUCUAAUGAAUCAUGUCUUCUUCUUGAUAAAGAUAUAAGAUAAAGAUAAACAAUAAUAGGUCAAUUAUCCAUAAUUAUCAAUUAUGGUCAAUCAAAGCGCUUAAAAGAUUCUGUUGUUAAUAUCCUCGAAAAUACUGUGCUAUAAUUAUUAUCGCUAAAUGAGAUUAAUUAUUAUCGGUAUAUGAGAUUAUUAAAAUAUAUAAUUAAAUAUCGCACCCUUAUCGAAUCAUUUUAGUUGCACCAAUCACAGAUUUUGGAAAUAUAAUAUCUAGAAAUGUGUUUUAAAAAACGCAAUUUUUACUAGCAAUACGAUUUUAUAGCUUGAAGGACACAUAUAUAUAAAUAUAUAUAUACACACGAUCUAUUUUAUCAUGAUGUACAUUUUAUCUCUUGGUGAUCGCAUUUUCGUGCAAAUAAUUAUGUAGUAAUGAUUAUUAUUAUUAUUAUUAUUAUUAUUAUUAUUAUUAUUUUGUUAUUUGUAAUCCAUUUACGUACUUAUCAUUAAGCGAAUGUAGUGCCGUUUAUUUCAUGUUUCCGUAGAAUGUAAUAUGUACAUAUAUACAUCGCCGAUGUUAUUAUAUUUUAUUAAAUAUCUGCCAUAACAUAGUCCACGUUAGUCUGACAUUUCCCUUCGUUCUCGUAUCAUAUUUUUUCUUGACUCAUACCUUGGAUAUUGCGGCACGCUAUUUUUUUUAUGCUCCCUUAUCCAGUGCGCAAUUAUCGAUGCGUCGAUAUAUUGGAAAUUACAUUGUAUCUCGCUUCCGCGUAACGUUGUAUAUGUUUCUCAUUUUGUGCGAGGCCGAGAUGAAACAAGGUAAUCUUUGUGCGACCAACGUUGCAUCGUUGCAAAGAAAAUGCUAGGAGCAAACCCCGAGCCAGCCGUCUUUCUUAAAAGAGCACAUUAACGUAUGCAUCGGUGCACCCAUUCUAUUCAGUACCGGCGCGUAUAGGGUCAAGCAGAGUAAUUGUGACACUAAGAUAAUAGUGACAUGGCAACAAUAAGAGCAAUAAUAAUUAUAAAGUCAUUGGAUUACGAUGGCACUUCAUUCGGGCGUCAUAAAAUUCUUUUGAAAAGCGACGAUUUAUCAUUUGUCUCUCUCCAUCCUCGAAAAAUUGUUGCGAUAUUACGUUUAACUUAGUAUCGCAGUUAGGCGACCCAAAAUCUUUCGCAGAAGAGUAUCAAUGAAGAGAAAAAAAGAUUACGAGAUAUUCCGCGAGAAUGUUCGAAACUUGUUUCGCGUUCACGAAGUUUUCGUUCGAUCUCCAGACGACGUGGAGUGGGUCGGAUUAAUCGGGAUUAUACGCUACAAGACUACAAAAAAGAAAAAAAAAAGAAAUUUGCUACGCUAAUCGCUUUAUUCUUGAGUGGCACGCUCUAAAGUGUUCUUUUCCAAAGUAUUUGGCUUUGCGCGAGCAAGUGAAAGACGAUGAAUUUGCACUUUCCAUGUAUGUGCCUCGGAAAGCAAGACUUUCGUUGCCGUAUUCGCCUAAGUAUAGUCUUCUAUAUCUCGCGUACAUAAUCGCGUACGAUUCCUUUUGUAUACUAUCGAUAAUUUUUUCAGGGAAGGCUUAACGAGACGGUGGAUCGGUUUGUGAAUAAUGUAAAACAUUUCCCUCCGGGGGAAGGGUAACUUCCGGGCCCCGCGGCCAAGAUGGAGAUUAUUUAUAAUUUUUAUCGCUUCAAUCGCGGUGGCCUGUACUUUCAUUCUCUGCGUGACCCGGAACUUCACCCCCCGAUGUUAUCCGGACUGAUCUCCGUGCAAACGUUUCGCGCAGGCGUUUGACGAAGAUCAGUUGUGUGUAUCCGUUUCAAGAAAGAGAGAAAGAGAACAAAUAAAAUAGAUUACUUCAUAUAGCACACAGUUGAGCAAACUGUAAUGAAAGCAAUGAAAGAAAAUAAUGCUAUUUUUAUAUGUUGCACUUCAUCAUCAUCUCCGCCGUAAAAUGACCCGUAGUUAUAUAAAAGAGAGGAUCUAUUUCGGUUUCCUUUUACUUUUGGAUCCAUUGGGCCAUUUCGUGUCGCCAAAAAAAUCUCGCCGAAAAUAACAUCCGUGGAACAAUUCGAGAAAACGAUCCGACACCUCUGUGUGUAUCAAAUCAAACGUAGUUACAUUCAGAAAUAUGUAAGCAGAUUCUUUCUCUUCCGUUUUAUUUGAAAGUUAGCAAAUAUAUGUAGAUUUAGAUGAUAUCAAAGCGAUUUGAUAAUAGUACUUCAAGCGCCUUUAUUUUAUGUGUACGCGUCAAAUAUUUCCGCGGAUCAUUAUACGAAUAGACUGUGGUGACAGAAAAAUUCAAAUGCAAUUUGCAUACCGUUAUUCGUGCGCGAUCCUGACAAGAAAUGACCCAAUAAUAUUACCGUCAUGAUAUUUAGCAGCUUAGAACAAUCGAAUCGAUGAAGAAAUAUCUCCAGGAAGAUGAUCCAAGAGAUGCUCUUGCUCACGAUUAAUCUAGAUUACUAUAGUAAGAGAUUUACGAUUAUUGUAUUAUUACUAAAAUAUAUCUACAUUCCUUUUCAGAAUCUACCACUAUUACUUUACGAAGCUAUCUGUAAAUAAGUAUUUUGUAUUCCUGCAAAAGAAUAAAAUUAAGAAUCAUUA